GCCGUUAGGGGCGGGGCGGAAGGAAAUUUAAACGGCGGGUGGGGGAGGGGCGCGCCGGUAGCUGAGGGAGCGCCGGCGCCCGUCGGGCCGCGCCGUGCGGGGAGCGGGGCGGCAGCGCGGGGCUCGGCGCCCCUCACGGCGCCUUCUGGGGCGCCAUGGCGGGCCCGGCGGCGGCGCGGCCGCUCCGCGGUAAAUCCUUCUACCUGGACGUGCCGAGCGGGCGGAGCGCGCGGGAGCUGGCGGAGGCCAUCCGGCACCUGGGCGGGGUGACCGAAAGCUUCCUGAGUAAAGAAGUCAGUUACGUGGUUUCCAGCAGCAAAGAGGCCAAACGAGACAAGGCCAAGACUCGGACUGAGAAGUGGAGCAAUGCUACCUCAGAAGGUGCAAAAGCCAAGAGCCCAGUGCCCUCUGCCUCCAAGGGGAACUAUACCAGACCUCACCAGAAGCCACCAGACACUGUCCUGAUCAGCCGAGGAAAGGAACUGCUGCAGAAGGCCAUGAAGAAUCAGGACGCCUGCAGUGGCAACGGUAUCCUCGCCAAUGCUCGUUUGUGGGGAGUCCAGAUCGUGCACAUCGAUGAAAUGUUGUCAUACGCUCAGCAGCUGCUGCAUGCCAUCUCAGGAGCCAGGAAACGGAGCCAGAAGACAGAGGCAAAAUGCCUUGCGUCUGGAUCAAAAGUUCGCAAAGCAGGAAAACUGAAGCCCCCUUUUCUGAAGGUUGAAGACCAGAGCAGGCGAUUCCGACCCUUCCAUCACCAGUUCAAAAGCUUUCCUGACCUGAACUUCCUGGCACCCAAAAGCUCCAGCCCAUUUGAGCCUCUGAAAAGCCUCUCGAAUUCUUGCAGGGCCAGGGACGUGGAGGGCUGUCCGAUGCGCAGCGAGGGAGGAAAGAGCCCCCAGUCCACACCAGUCACUGUGCCAAAGAGGAAGAGGGGAUUUUGUGAGUGCUGCCAAGAGACCUUUGAAGAGCUGCAAAAGCAUCUCCAGAGCCCCCAGCACAAGCGGUUUGCACUGGACGACUCUCAAUAUGCCCCUGUGGAUCACGUUAUCUCACAGCUCACCAACAACUUUGUGGAGCAGUCAGCCAAGGUGCCAUGGUCGUGCCUGACAGACGAACACUUAAAGCCUCAAGCACAAGUUACCAGAGGAAAUGAGAUGCUGAUAGCUGAGCUGGGAAAGGAGAGCCAGCAGGCUCCUGUGGAACUGUUUACUGAUGCAAAGACUGAUCCUGGCCUGAAGAUGAAGGAAUGCUCCGCUCACCUGCCCAAUAACAGGGUUAGUAAUCUCAGAGAAGGAAGGGAAUUGUCUGAGAACUGCUCUCCAGGGCUGCCUGCUGGAGCAGGACUCACCAGAGGGGUCUGUGCUGUGCAGGGCACCACGGAAGGAUCUGUUGUGGGGGAUGCAGAUUCAAGCGUGGCUCCUAGCCUCGGCCAGGAGACCUAUGUAGAGACUGCUCAGGUCAGAACAGCAAUUGCUGUUUAUGAGGUUCAGACGAAGAAGGAAGUGCUUGGGCCUGUCAGCCAUCUUCUGCAAGUGCUGCCCAUCACCAGGAAGCGCCAGCUCUCCUCCAGACAGAGCGCCCAGGUGGGAAAGAAGCCCAGGCUGGAGCUGGGUGGUGCCCUCUCUCGGUAUGAGCAGACAAGCCAAGUGGAUGGUGGGAUGGGUGUGCAGGAUGCAGGGCACGUACCUGAGCUGGACUUGCCCAGCGUGGCACAGGCUGGCAGCUUGCCCUUAAGCACAGAGCUUUCCACCAGACCUCGUAGUUCCCCGGCUUUGGAGCUGUGCCUGUGCGGGGACCCUGGGGACCCUGCAACACAGCGGGCUUCCCUUGGAGCUGCUUCUGUGGGUUUUGAUCCCCCAGGGAUGGCUGCAGCAAGCACCGUCAGCCAGUGUGGCUGGAGUAGAGCGGAUGUGAGUUCCCAUGGGAAGCAGCUUGGAGAGGAGGAAGAAAGUACACCUCUGAGUGUGGAUGGUCAUGACUGGGAGUGCAGGACCUCCACAGUGAGCAAGACCAGUUGUCCUACUGGCCAGCUGCCCUCCCAAAAACUGCCUGUGGCCGAAGCAGGAUGUUGCCACUCGCUCUGUGACAGAGCAGCAGAGAAAGUAGCCCCUGAACUAUGUGACCUCCCAGGCCAUAGCAAAGAGUUGACUCCUGGCCCUGGGCUCCCUCUUCCUCACAACACACAGGCUGACCUGGACUUCAGGACAGCUGCUGAGUCAGACUGGGACAUCCAGCUGCUCUCCAUGUUAACGGGUGUCCAGGGCAGCAGGAUUCUGCCUGUGGACAGGCAUUUGCUCCGAAGGACAUGUGUCAGUGUAAGGGACAGUGGGUAUGAGUCGCAGCUCCCCUCCGUUCUGAAGCGGAAGUCGGAGCUGGACUGGGCAGGCAAAGAUGACAGGAGCUGCCGGAACUGCUGCACAGAGACCGAAGGAGCUUCUUUCCCUAUAUCUGAGACCUCUCUUGGCAGCUGGACUAGUUAAAACUACCUCCUGGCUGUUCUCUGGGCCCUUAAUAGGAGCUGUGAAAUGGCUGGAAAGGGACUGGACACACCACCUUUCCUGUCAGGGCCAGGAACAGUCUAGGAGGUACAGCGAGAGCUGGAGUGAGGACAGCCAGCUGCAGGGUCUCCUCCAGCCAGCUGCAGACAAUCUGGGUUGAGCCUGGAGGACUGAGAUGUGCUGACACCUCACUGGUGUGGUUUGUCCAGUGCUGGCUUCCCUAGCCUCUCACAUCCAGGGGAGCAGCUUUCUUGCCUGAUUUCCUGGAGGGAAAAAUGCCAGUGGCUACAAGUCUCAGCUCUGUUCUUAGUGGCUACAUUUCACUACAUCUGUGAGAUAAACAUACUGCAGCAGGUUGAGCUUGAAGACCAGCUGUCAAUCCCAGCCUUGGCAGGAUGGGGUGAUAAAUGCUUCCUUCUCAUGCAGUCAUUCAAGGUCUGAAACUUGACAGCUCUCCUGUUGGGAACCAAUGGGUGAAUCAGUGAUUUAGCCAUCUUGAUAGGGGCUUGGAUCUUCCCAACUCUUUAACAUUUAUACCUGGUAGCCUUGUUCUUUAAGUCCUUAUCAGGCUGCUGACAAGGUGGUCUUUCUCUAGAAGAAGUCUUCAGCAGGAAUAUGCUCUCUGCUUUUCCAGAUUCAGAGAGCCCAGCCCAUUCCUUCUCCUCCAGUCUUUGGUGCUGCAAAGAUGGGGGAGAGGAGGGCCAUGGGGGUGAGGUUUGUGUUCUUCGUAUGGUUUGGGGUUUUGUUGGGUGUCUCUGUGAGUAGCUACAGAUAAUUGUAACUGGUCUUAAAUUGUUUUUUUUUAGCAAUCUUUCAAACUUUGAAAUAAAAUGAGAGGAUACUGUU